GUCGUAUUUUAAUUUUUGAAGUUAGUUGGCGCUGUUUGUUUUAACUGGGUAGGUCAUUGCUUUUAUUUGUUUAUUCAGAUCUACGGGGGUGCCCACCUCCAUUUUAAGCAUUUUUAACACCAAUACUUUUUUGGUUGUUCCCUUUUUUUAAUUGCGACACGCACAUUUUUCCAGAGAGAUGGCAGACUGGAAGACGCAGAUAAGUUACAACUACAACCCUUCUUACCAUGCAUACGCCUACGGCCUAGUGUACCAACCCGGUUCAGAGCCAAACCACGCUAACCUGACUAACUGGGGCGAAGCCGGAGUCACGGAUUUGACCAACUACAAUGCCGGGGUGACACCGGCCUACUACGCCACCACCGCCAGAACCCGGGAAGAUUCUUCACCUCGCAGUCCGGAGCAGCAUGACCUGAACGGCCCUGGUCACUACCAGGGCGCCGGGGUCGUCUACCUCGGUGACACACAGGCAGGCCGUAUGCUCCUGGCCGGACCUCCCCGGACUGCUUACGACGCACGGUCACACGAGGCCAGGCGGGCCGGGAGCGAUUCCACUAGUGACUCUGAGGCACACACCUCACCGGAUUCAUGGAGUUCUGGCAGCAGCCGAGAAGGAGUUCUCCCCCAGGCAGACCCUGCCACCUGGGUGAAGAAAGAACUCGACGAUGAGGCAAGCAGCAGGAGCCCUGAUGCCAGCAAAGAUGUUUCAAGCUCAAUCAUGGAAGAGCCAAGGACAUUUGCUGUCAAUGAGAACGAUGGCAUCAAGAAGACUACUGCUGUAAAUAACCCUAAAGUAAAGGCCCGUGCAGCCUUCUCAGAGAUUCAGAUGAAUACUCUUGUCCAGCGCUUCAGUGUUCAGAGGUAUCUCACCCCUGCUGAAAUGAAGAACCUUGCAGAACUGACAGGGCUGACCUACAAACAGGUUAAGACUUGGUUUCAGAACCGAAGGAUGAAGCUAAGGAGGCACCAGAAAGACACCAGCUGGGUGUCUGAGCGCUACAACAAAGGCAGCCCGGUUCGUGGAACCAUGUACACCAACAUUCCCUCACAUGGACCGUCUUAUCAGGGAGAAGCCCGGCCCCAGCUCAAAGAGCAAUACAACCAGCACAUGAUGGAGGCAGCCUUUAAGAAAAAUCCACAGAACCUGGCCUUCUAUCUGGCUACUAUGGGCUCUGCUGCUGGAUCUGCUGGCUACCCCUCCUGGGCCCCUGGCUCACCCCAGACUGCAGUGCCCUCCAGGCCCCAGGCAGCUGGUUGGUCCAUGCCCCAGGCGGCUGGCUGGUCCAGGCACUAUGAAUACAAUCCCAAUGCCUUUACCUCAGCCAGUGACACUGCUGCAAAUAAUGCUGGGCAGGACACAAACUUCGAAGGAAAAGAUGGGGAGCCUGUCAACAGCAGCAGCACCUUAAGCACAACAAUGGUACAUAAUACCAGCCAGUAGUCAAUGUUGAGCUGCUAAGCUAAUAAGCUUAUCUGUAAGUUACAGUCGUGUUAGUAUUAAGUUUCCUGACUAGUUUGUAUUUGCUUUGCAUGGCCGGUGUGUACAUAUGCCCUGUUCAUACUCCUUCUGUUGAAAAGAACUUUUUUUUUUUUUUUUUACUAUGAAUUCUUAUAUGCAACUAUUUAAUGUAUUGUGUGUUCCUUGCGCUUGGUGAUACGAGAUGGGUCCAAGUUGGAUGCAUUCUUUGGAUUACAUUGUUUUUUUGGAACUGGCCAAGUGCUGAUACAGAUCUGAUGUGCACACUUAUUUUUUUACAUAAAUACAAGUUCACUAUG